AGAUCACCUAAGGGCGGCGGCAGCCAGGGCGGUAGGAGUCAUCUGUAGUGGAUCGCGUUACAAAGACUGCAUGCACUGCACACUGUCAUACAUACGUCCACCUACAUAUCCCCACAACCUUGAGCGGUGGCCGCUAUCUCAUUAACAUCACCACGAUUUGAUUAGUCAAAAGGUUGCAAGUCGAACGGAAGAGCGCUCAGAGGAUAUCACUACAUUGACCAUUCAUCAAAGCAGGUGGAAUUGAUAGUCUUCAAACGGCAUUCAUACCAACCACAAAUCUCCUCUUCUCACCUUCACAUACAACAAUGAUCGAUCGGUUAGCAAACUUUACAAUACAGAUACACAUAAGCAAAUCCUAUUCUAGAAGGUAAAUUUUCCUCACGACAAUUGAAUCGUCAAGAUGUUGUUCAAGGAGCGUGAAUCGGAGAGCCCUCGCGUUCCUUCACCUUGGUCAAAUGCACGUCGUAGCAGCGGAUCGAGAAACAGCAGUAAUAGCAGCAAAGUAGGUACACCACCAGACAUCAUUGGCCAUAGCAUUCUGCGGAAAACAAGCUCAACAGCUUCGCCCAAUUUCAGCCCUCUGUCGCGUGCCGUACAGAUACGAAAUGCAGAAGCAUAUCGUGACAAACAAAAAGGAUACGAAGACGAUCAAGGUAGCAGCCCUACCUCUACACCGCCCUCGCAAGAAGACGAUGACGAUGAUGAGGGUCUGGAUAGCUUCUUUGCUCUGGACUCAGACUCAGAUGUUCAGCGGCUGAGUUCCAGCCAGCAUAGCUUGACGCCAGACAUUCUGACCCCGAUCGAUGGCGUCGAAUUGUUAUCGACAUCAGCCGCAAACUUGGAUGGCACGCAGAACCGAACAAGUGGAAGGAUAAUACAGAAGAACAGCCGACGGCAGAAGCGAGUGGCCAGGCUUGCACCUGAACCGGAUGUGCUAGGAAACCUCGAAUACAAAUUACGUAUACUGCCACCCACCCGCAAUCGAUUCGAUAAGCUGUUGACGCAGAUGCAAUGGAGAGUGCUACAGGGAGGCGGAGAGUGCACAUAUGAAAUUGGUGUGCUGGAUGAUGGAUUGUGUAUUGGAAUAUGCUCGUUGGAGAUGCAGGCCAGUAUAUCAGUGUUAUCGUCGAUGGCCAAAGAACUUUGUGCUUCUGUCAGAAUACGGAAGGCUUUUGAAAUGAUUACUUUGGACGGAUCUUCACAGACGGAAGGUGGAGAACUGAAGCAGAUGUCCAAUGAACAGGUGUUUGACCUGUUGAAGGUGCAAAGGGAAGAGGAUCAUUGUGAUUGUGGAGUGGAGCUGGGUUCCACGCAAGAGAUUGUCAGUUAUCUUCCCUUGUUUGGAGGAUAUCCUGUCACUGUCAAAACGGAAGCGAACAAGUACAAUGAUCCCGUACCGGGUGAAGUUGUGAUUGCAAUUGAAGAAGAUGCUUCUGAACUCCUCACGUAUGAGCAAGAUGAUAUCUCGUCUGACAAUGAAAGUGCGGUGGACGAAGUAGGCCAAGAAUUCUUCAUGGAAGAUGGUCAAGGCUUGACUUUCUCUCUUUCACUGGAUGAGAAAGCCACAAGAGCGGGACUGGGAUUUCAGCGUAAGUCUAAUGCACCUCGAAGACCUUGCCGGUACAAUGUGAAAAGUGCAUUGGCUCACAAGACCAACAUUAGAUCAAAAGUGGAUGCAGGCGCAACAAACGAGGUCAUUGUUGACUGUGUCAGCAUUGCAAAAGAGGGUCUGGCACCACUGCCAUCCGUUGAAACAUUCAAUCAGAAAGAUACAGCAACCAAAACACCUGCAAGGAAGUGCGUACGUAUGAUUGUUGAGGCAAGUAUCAUACGGGAUUCCGAUGAAGAAGGGUUUAUAGAUUAUGGGUCACUUUGAAACAAACAUUCUCUCUCUCUCUCAUACAUACAUGUUGUAUUUUGCGCUUUGUUUGACUUUCAAUCCGAUUCAUUUCAUUGC